UUCUGGACAUAAAUAGGUUUUUCGAUUCGGGAUUAGUUGGUGUUUUGGAUAAUUGAACAUAAUGCGGAAAUUUACGAUUCAUCAGGAUAAAGAAAAUAUCCCUGUUUCUGCAAUAAAGUGUCCGUGUCCUGCAACAAGAAAAUGUGUUCCACAGUGUGUGAGAAAACCUACAGGAAAAGGGAAUGCCCUCCAAGAAUUAUCAACCAAUACUCGGAAACCUCCAUCUAGCUCACAGCAAUAUUCAACCAGUUCCUCGAUAACUGGCUCAAAACUAGGGACCUUAACAUGUUAUCAGUCAGAUUUCAAUUCUCUCGCAAAACGGGAAAUGAUGAACAUCUUACACGAAGAGAAGAAACGCUUGAGUGUGCCUGCCGAAUAUAAUCGAACAAAGCCAAGAUCUGCAGGUGAUGUAACGCAUGGUACCAAAUUUCGAUAUGAUUUCGUGGAAUCUACCACUCAAAAUAACUGCAACAGCAGGAAUCCACUGAAGAAAAGUGAUGGGAGUUAUGAAGGAAGAACUUGCUCAACAUCAACAGAGACUCAUAGAGGAUUUGCUUCCUCGGGUUUGUUAGAAGAUUCCUCAAGAAACGUUUCUAGAAGAACUUCGUCAACUCCGAAGCCAACUCACAGAUUGAGCAUUGAUUCUGGAUAUUCCGCGAGCUGGAACUCGAACUCUACGAAAACAUCGCUAUCCAGACUGGAUAAAUUCCACGAAGCAUCUAGUACCAAGGUAUAUGUAGAUUCAGUAGGGCAAAAGAGCUGGUACUCUUUGAGCUCUACAAAAGAAUCUUCCUCCAGACUAGAUGGAUUUUCCGAGAUCAAAAAUACACACUCUAGAAUUCCUAUCAACUUUCUCACUGAUCCAGAAACUCUGAUCUCCGAAAGACCGCAAAGUCAGAGAAAUACAAAACUGCCAAAGAGGGCCUUCUCGAACAAGGGCAUCUCAAGACACCCUGGAGAAGAUGAAUAUGCACAAGACACUUUGUUCAAUGUAUUAAUGAUCGAAGAAAAAAUCACUCUUCCAGUUGGUUUCAUGCAAUAUUUUGGCCCUGAUCAGAAGUCGAGAGCUACUAUUGUCAACUGGAUGUUGGGAAUACAGGUACAAAUCCAGAUUACAGAUGCUGAAUUAUACUUAGCUGUGAACUUAUUGGACCAAGUACUAGCCAGAACUUCCGUUCCAACCAAUAUGUUACAACUGGUAGCUUUAGGUACAAUCUGGAUAACUAACAAGUAUAUUGGUCCAGAUACUCUAAGAGCUUCAGACUUGUUAUGGUAUGCUAACAACGCUUAUGUGGUCCGACAACUCUUGAGAAUGGAGCGAAACGUAUUGAGAAUUUUGAAUUUCCAACUACAUUACAUUGAGCCUGCGUCUUGCGUGGAUACGUUUUUGAGUAUCCUUGGAUUAGAAAAUCUUGAACUCGCCAGAUUCACAGCACACUACUUUCUAGACUGCAUGACACUUCUUCCAGACUUUUCUAGCAUUCCAGUAUCGAUUCUAGCAGCUGCUGUCAUCAAUGUAGCUAUCAAAAUGUACUACCCAACCUUGGAAAAUAUUGUCCGUCUCUAUUUAGGGAGAAACAUGUCGUCCAUACAUGACCAGAAACGAAGGGUUGCUGAAUCUAAAAUACAUGCUCAAACUACGCUGAUGAGAGACGAGAAUUAUAUGUUCAGAAAGGCCUAUCACAAGAACAAGGCCGUUGGCAAAAUCAAGUAGUGUUUUUUGUUAUUAUGAUUUGUGUUGUUUAUAUUUUUACCCUGAUUUUAUUCUGUAACUUUUGUUAUAUUCUCAUUUCUAGAUUUUUAUAAAUUUUGAUGCACUUGAAUAUUUUAAUUAAAUUUUAACU